UCUGUAUAUUAAAUAAUAUUAUUUGUAUGUACUCUGUGGUCUGAAAUCAUGGCUUUGUGUGAAUAAUACCGAGUUAGGUACUGAUAUUCUGAGUGUAGCCUUAAAAUUUGCAGUCUCAUGUCAAAAUAUUUUCGGGUAGUGUUAAAUUAAUCAUAAAUUAAAUCACUGCACUUGAAGAUUUACAGCCAUUAUCACUUGUCAUAAUGGAUAUUUCUAGCAUCUUCAACGAGAUUGAGAUGCAAAGUGAUGCUGUGGACGCUGUGAAGCUGGAUCCAGCAGUAAUAGACGCUCGCUUUACCAAUAAAACUAAUCCAGAAUCAGCAACUCCUCAGGAUACCAGAAGCAAAGACACGAGUCAUGGUGUUGGAAGCAGUUUCGAGUUAAUGUUGAAGAUGCAGCAGGCUGCAAUACUAUCACUGACCCCAGAUAAACUCCACCUUCUCAUGAAGUACGUCGAUACAAUGCGGCAUCAACGAACUGAGUUACAGAGGCAGUUGCAAUGCGGCUUCUGUAAGAAGAAUGGUCGUCCUAAAAUUUGGUACAUGAACCACGUGCUCAAAGACAGCAGGAACAGAGUGCGGUGUCCAGUUCUACGCGCGUAUACCUGUCCUCUGUGCGGAGCAACGGGAGAUAAUGCUCACACAUUUACAUAUUGUCCAGUCUACUACGAUCGUGUUUCACAGUAAUAAGACACAGCGGGGCUACUAUGAAACAGGAAGGACUUCAGGCGAAUUUUAUUUUAUAUUUAUAUUUUGAAACCGUAAAAUAUUUUAAAAUUCAAGUUACCAACUAGGUAACUGAAAGUAACUACUUUACAGAUGUUGUAAACGAUACUUCUAGUCUAUUGUGCUUUUAUUCGUAUUAAAAUACGUUUUUA